AUGCUCCCAUACUCUCAAAGACUCAAGGGAGAGAACAAAGAGAAGCAAUACUCCAAAUUCUUGGAGAUAUUCAAGACACUACACAUCAACAUCCCUUUCAUUGAAGCACUUGAACAGAUACCCCUAUAUGCUAAGUUCAUGAAGGAAUUGUUGACAAAGAAAAGAUCCUUGAAAGAGGGAAAAACAGUUGUGAUGACCAGGGAGUGUAGUGCCAUCAUCCAAAGAGGCUUGCCAAGAAAGAAGAAGGAUCCAGGGAGCUUUCAUAUCCCCUGCACCAUAGGCGACAUGAUGAUUGAGAGAGUAUUUUGUGACCUUGGUGCAAGCAUAAAUAUGAUGCCUCUAUCCUUGAUGAAGAAGCUUCAGAUUCAUGAAUUAAAACCCACAAAGAUAGUCCUUCAAAUGGUGGACAAAUCCAUUCAGCAAGCACUUGGGGUUGUAGAGAAUGUAUUGGUAAAGGUGGACAAUUUUUUCCUCCCAGCUGACUUCAUCAUCCUAGACAUAAAGGAAGAUGACAACACUCCCAUUAUUCUAGGGAGACCUUUCUUAGCUAUUGCUAGGGCAUUGAUAGAUAUUGAAAAAGAAGAAUUAAUGCUAAGGAUGCAUGAAGAGCAUAUAAUGUUUCAUGUCUUCAAGAAUUUGCAAGAUUCCACCCAAGAGGAAUAG